AUGGACGAACACGCCCCAACCGGUCUCGCGAAUCAAUCACUUCUCAACAAGAUCGACAAGCUACGCGAACUCAACGUCAAGUCCCUCGAACUGCCCCAGCUUGUUGUAGUUGGAGAUCAGUCAUCUGGAAAAAGCUCGGUCCUUGAGAGUCUGACAGGCUUCUCGUUUCCUCAAGACCCUGGUCUCUGCACUCGAUAUGCUACACAAAUCUCCUGUCGCCGCGAGCCUCGGCAGAACGGUUUUGUGUCUAUCAUCCCUCGCGCAGGUGCCGACGCGGCAACUGUAGACCGGCUCCGCUCUUUCAAGCGCCCCAUUCCGUAUCCCACGAACGAAAUUCUUACCAGAAUCAUGACGGAGGCAAACCAGGCCAUGGGGAUUAGAAUGAGUAAGAACGAUACGGACUUGAGCCUGCAGGCCUUCAGUGAGCACAUUCUCAAGAUCGAAAUAAACGGACCUCAUCAAGAGCACUUUACAGUUAUCGAUGUACCUGGCAUCUUUCGCGUUCCUUCGCCGCCACUCACAACGGACAGCGACGUCUUCUUAGUUCGUAAUUUAGUCGAAUCAUACAUGCAGAACAGUCGAACCAUCAUUCUUGCGGUCUUACCAAGCACUAUCGAUAUCUCAACUCAGGAAGUCUUGAAGAUGGCAGAGAAUGCCGACCCGGAUGGAAUACGGACUAUGGGUGUGCUUACCAAGGCAGACCUUGCCAUCGAACAAGCUACCCAGGAUGUGGUCAAAGAGCUCGUGCUGGGAAAACGCAAUCAAGUUCGAUUGGGCUACUGCGUCGUCAGAAACCGUAGCGCUGACGACGAAAAGUCCACAAUCUCCGACCGUCUAGCUCAGGAGAAAGCAUUCUUUAUGGAAUCUGCAUGGAAAUCCUUGGAAGGUUCUGGCAGAUGCGGUAUUGAAUCAUUAAAAUCACGACUCAGUGACCUCUUGCUCACCAUCUCCAAGAAAGAGUUCCCAAACGUCAAGUCUGAUGUCGCUAAAAAUCUAGAUCAAUGUCGAAACGAGCUAGAGAAUAUCGGACCUUCCCGCAAGGAGCAGAACGCCCAAAGAAUGUACCUUGGGCGGCUAGGAUCCAAGUUUCAAAGUAUCACGCAAUGUGCCUUGAACGGGUACUAUAACAGCGAAGCCAUCUUCGUAAAAGAUACGAGCCUGAAGUUGAUCACGGGUAUAACGAGGAUGAAUGAAAGCUUCGCAAACGAUGUGUGGAAGAAGGGACACAAACGACAUAUCUCUCCAAGCUGGAACAGCGAAGGCGAAGUAGCGUACGACAUUGCGGACAGUGACGAGUGCAAAAGCCCUUUCAAAGAGAUCCAUGAUAAUCAUCCCGAACUCCACGACAUCGUUGAGAUGGAAGACUACGAGUGCUCCGAGCCCAAGGCAUUCAGCAAUGAUCCGAUCACCGAGCACAUCGAACGUGUCUACCAGGAGAAUCGUGGACCGGAGCUAGGAACGUUUUCAGGGGUGAUUCUAGCCGUCACCUUCAAGGAGCAGUCGCAGAAAUGGGAGCCCCUUGUGCUCGCGCAUGUCAGCAAAUCCAUAAUGCUUGUACACGACUACAUAUACAGGCUUCUCGCAAACGUCUGCCCGGACAAGCAAGUGCGCGAUCAGUUAUGGGGUUUCCUCGUCGAUGAGCUUCGAGCGGCGUACACCCGGGCAAUGGAGCAGGCUCGCUUCUUGUUGCGAAUCGAGCGUAACGGUACACCAUCUACUUUUAACCACUACUUCAACUCAGAGGUACAGAAGAAGCGACAGGAUAGAAUGAGUGCGACUCUGGAGAAAGAGGCGGGUACUUACUAUACUGUUGAUCGACACACUACCACCAAAGCAGUCCCUCUCACCAGCAUUGGGAACCUCGUUAUCAACAUAGAAAACAUGCAACAAAUGCGUGAAGAUAUCUUGGAUGUUCUCUCCAGCUACUACAAAGUCUCCCGGAAGCGCUUUGUCGAUGUCAUAUGCCGGCAAGUCAUCGGUCACUUUCUUCUCGAAGGAGAAGAAAGUCCACUGAGAGUCUUCUCCCCUGAACUAGUAAUGGGUCUGGAAGCUGAGCAACUUGAGAUGAUUGCCGGAGAAGAUGCGGAGACGAAGCAUCGAAGAGCUAUGCUGGAGGCAGAGAUCAAGAAUCUGGAGACUGCCAUGAAGUUGUUGAGAGGUUAAGUGUACGAGAAUGUUAGUGUUGGAUCAUCGGUAAGACUAAAUUGGCAUAGCGAAUAGAUGAUAGCUACAUGGAGACAAGGAAACUGCACUCUUUUGUAAAGAACUAUAUGUGAUCAUGGAAUAGGGCAG